UCUACUAUUCUUCUAUCCAUGAAAUUUGGAGUAGUGCACUUCAUGAAAAAUUAGCCAUUAAACUAAGUUCUCUGGUGCUUAUAUUGUGGUAUUCAAUAAAAUUGAAUUCGGUACUAAAGCAUCUCAACAUUAACAAUGACCAGAGCAAACAUCGAGUUGGGAGAUGUGACCCAUCAUAAUCUGAAACAGCUAAAAAAGAUAAACACCGUUGUACUUCCGGUUCUCUACAAUGACAAAUUUUAUUUGGAUGUGCUGGAAUCGGGAGAGCUAGCUAAACUUGCCUAUUAUAACGAUGUAGUGGUCGGAGCAGUCUGUUCCCGAAUCGACACUACAGAAAACAUGCGACGGUUGUACAUCAUGACACUGGGUUGCCUGUAUCCUUACCGGAGACUCGGGAUCGGAACGGUGAUGGUUAAGCACAUACUGAACUAUGUGGAGAAAGACGGAAAUUUCGAUAGCAUAUUUUUGCAUGUGAAAGUGGACAACGAGGGAGCGAUUGAGUUCUAUAAAAAGUUUGGAUUCGAAAUUGUGGAAACGAAGCAACACUAUUACAAACGAAUUGAACCGGCCGAUGCUCAUGUGCUGCAGAAAACUCUGUUCAAGCGAUCUGGAAACCAACAGCAGGUGCAGCAUCACCACAACGGAAUAGCAGGGAAUAACAACAACAACAAUAUCCAAGUAAAUCAAAGUAGCCAGAGUAUCCAAAAUUCAACAUCGCAACAGCAGGCACCGGAAAAGAAUCGAUAAGCAACUGGUUGCAGAUAUUAGAUGCUAGUAAGCUGGUUUGGUUUUGUUAAUUUAUUACCGUUCGAUUCCGUGCUUUGUCGUCGAUAACAUCAAUAGCAGCAACCGUGCACCAUCGUUACGAACGAACGAAGCAUUCUCUCGUCGAAACCUCGCUCUAGAUGGGGAAUAGUUACAUUGUGUUUAAAUCGUGUAUGUACUGGCGAGAAACAGGCGCGGCGUUCUCCAAAAAACAAAACAAUAUGUCAGUGUUUAAUAGAAAUCGAAUAAAGGUAAGCGUAGCAGUGA